UGUUUUACUCCAUACCCCCUCCAUGUAUAAAACGGGCCUUAUCCAGCAUGCUAAAAGACUUUCUCAUCUCGUAAGUGAAGCAAGAAUGAGCUCGCAACCUAAUGUUUAUGUGACUCGACCAGAUGUCGAUAUAAGUGGACUGGAAUUACUUCGUAAAAGUUGCAAUGUAACCACUUGGUCGAAGGCUUUGCCAGUUCCACGAGAGGAACUUCUGCGUGAGAUAAAGGGAAAGGACGCGCUAUAUUGUGCACUCACAGAUAAGAUCGAUGCUGCUGUAUUGGAUUCUGCUGGUGAUCAACUGAAGUGUGUCUCGACCAUAUCCGUGGGCUAUGAGCAUAUCGAUGUGCAGGAGUGCAAGAAACGUGGCAUUCGCGUUGGCUACACUCCCGACGUUCUAACCGAUGCGACUGCAGAGCUGACACUCGCUUUACUGUUGGCAACGAACCGUCGCCUGUUUGAGGCCAACAAGGAAGUGUACAAUGGCGGUUGGAAGUCGUGGUCACCCAUGUGGAUGUGUGGCCAGGGCCUGAAGAAUUCACGUGUUGGACUGUAUGGCUUUGGGCGCAUUGGACAGGAGAUUGCAGCGCGCAUUGUGCCCUUUAAGCCAGCACUGAUAACGUAUACGACACGAACGGCGCGGAGAGAGGAGGCGACAAAGGUCAAUGCACAGCGUGUGGACUUUAAUGAAAUGCUUGGCUUAUCGGAUUUCAUUGUUGUCUGCUGCGCUUUAACACCUGAAACCAAGGAAAUUUUCAAUGCUGCAGCUUUUGAAAAAAUGAAACCCAACUGCAUUUUUAUCAACACGGCACGUGGUGGAGUCGUCGAUCAAAAAGCACUAUGUGAGGCACUUGAAUCAAAGCGCAUUUUGGGCGCAGGCUUAGAUGUAACCACCCCGGAACCAAUACCACUCGAUGAUCCACUACUUAAACUGGAUAAUGUUGUUGUUCUGCCGCAUAUUGGAAGCGCUGACAUUGAGACCCGCAAGGAAAUGUCGCGUAUUGCUGCUAGAAACAUUCUCGCAGCUCUGGACGGCUGCGAAAUGGAGUCUGAGGUGUUUGUCUAAAUUUCGAAUAAAAAGCUAGUUAAAGAUAAAUAAAUAUUUUGAUAUUAAUUGAU